AAAACCAUAAUGAUGAAACCUCCCAUGCCAUGAACCCUUAAAUCUACCUCUUGUAAAGAUCAAGUUCUCUGAACCAGUUAACUCUCCUCACUUUUCUUUUUCACGUAACCAUGAAAAAACCUCCAUUUCUGCUGUUUUUGUUCACAUUUUUCUUGUACAUGUUGAAAUCAUCUGUUUUGGUGUUAUCUUCUUCUUCACCACCUCUCCCUUUGGUUUCUCUUCUCUCGUUAAAAUCGUCCCUCAAAGACCCUGUUUUCGCUUUCAGAGAUUGGGACCCUUCUCCUACGUUUUCCAAGCCUCGUUUUGAAGACCCAAUUUGGUGCUCAUGGUCGGGAGUCGAGUGCAAUCCCAAGACAGCACAAGUCACGUCUCUUGAUCUCUCCCAUCGGAAUCUCUCCGGUGUUAUUCCACCGGAGAUUAGAUAUUUGACAAGCUUGGUUAACUUGAAUUUGAGUGGGAACUACUUUGAUGGUCCUCUCCAACCGUCUAUUUUUGAACUCAGUCAACUCAGAACUCUUGAUAUCAGCCAUAACUACUUCAAUUCAACGUUCCCUCCCGGGGUUUCCAAGCUUAGGUUCUUAAGAAUCUUCAAUGCGUAUAGCAACGAUUUCAAGGGUCCUUUGCCAAAAGAGUUUGUACGGUUACGGUUCUUGGAGAAGCUGAAUCUGGGUGGCAGCUACUUUGAAGGUGAAAUACCAGCUGUUUAUGGAAGCUUUACCAGGUUAAAGUUGCUUGACUUGGCAGGAAAUGCACUGGAAGGCAGUUUACCACGUCAACUCGGAUUCUUGACUCAGCUUGAACGGAUAGAGAUUGGAUACAACGCUUUCUCAGGCACCAUACCAGUAGAGUUUGCACUGUUAUCGAAUCUCAAGUAUUUGGACAUCUCAAAUUGUACUCUUUCAGGUCUACUCCCGAAAGAACUUGGCAACUUAACCAAGCUUGAAGCUUUGUACUUCUUCAAGAACAGCUUCACAGGUGAAAUCCCGGUCAGUUAUACGAACUUGAAAUCUCUCAAGGUUCUUGAUUUAUCCGGCAACCAACUUACCGGCCGAAUUCCAGAAGGGAUAUCUUCUUUAACGGAGCUAGCAUGGUUGAGCUUGAUCGACAACAAUUUUUCUGGUGCAAUCCCAGAAGGCAUCGGUGAGAUACCACAUCUUAGCACUUUAUUUCUCUGGAACAACAACUUUAGCGGCAUUCUCCCACAGAAACUGGGAUCAAAUGGGAACUUGCUAUCUCUUGAUGUUUCAUCGAAUUCUCUCACUGGUCCAAUUCCUCCAAAACUUUGCUAUGGAAACAAGCUUUUCAAACUCAUCCUUUUUAACAAUAUGUUCAUGCAUGAGCUACCCGGGAGCCUUGUAAACUGCACUUCACUUUCAAGAUUCCGAAUCCAAAACAAUCUUCUCAACGGUACCAUCCCUCACGGUUUUGGGGUCUUGAAAAACCUUACGUUCGUGGACGUGAGUAAGAACAACUUCACCGGAGAGAUUCCUAAGGAUCUUGGCUAUGCACCAACUUUACAAUUCCUUAACAUCUCCGAGAACUCUUUCGACGCCGCAUUGCCAAACAACAUUUGGGGUGCACCGAGCUUGCAAAUAUUUUCAGCCAGUUCAGCCAAGCUAACAGGCAACAUCCCAGAUUUCAUCGGCUGUAAAAACGUGUACAAAAUCGAGCUCCAAGGCAAUUCUCUAAACGGAAACAUCCCCUGGGACAUUGAUCAUUGUGAGAAGCUCUUGUCUUUGAAUUUAAGCCGGAAUUUGUUUACUGGGAUAAUUCCAUGGGAAGUAUCGACGCUUCCUUCAAUAACUGCCGUUGAUCUUUCGCAUAAUCUGCUUACUGGAACUAUCCCAUCAAACUUCGAAAACUGUAGCACUUUGGAAAAUUUCAACGUAUCCUAUAAUUUGCUAAGCGGGUCGAUCCCAUCGUCCGGUCCAAUAUUUACCAACUUACACCCUUCCUCGUUUUCCGGCAACGACGGCCUUUGCGGCAGCAUUUUAGCGAAACCGUGCCCGGCAGAGGCGAUGGCUACAGGUGACACGGAAGUGCGUAACAAGCAGCAGCAGCCAAAGAAAACGGCUGGAGCUAUCGUUUGGAUUAUGGCAGCCGCUUUUGGGAUCGGCUUGUUUGUUCUCGUAGCUGGGACCCGAUGUUUUCACGCGAAUUACAGCCGUAGGUUCAGCGACGACCGUGAGAUCGGACCAUGGAAAUUGACGGCCUUCCAGCGGUUGAACUUCACCGCCGAUGAUGUGCUGGAGUGCCUAUCGAUGACGGACAAGAUCAUAGGGAUGGGGUCCACGGGAACAGUAUACAAAGCGGAGAUGCCAGGUGGCGAGAUCAUAGCGGUGAAGAAGUUAUGGGGUAAGUACAAAGAGAACAUCAGACGGAGAAAAGGUGUGUUGGCGGAGGUCGACGUGCUGGGGAACGUCAGGCACCGUAACAUAGUCAGAUUGUUAGGGUGCUGCAGCAACAGGGAGUGCACGAUGCUGCUUUAUGAGUACAUGCCCAACGGGAACUUGGACGACUUGUUGCACGGCAAGAAUAAAGGGGAGAACUUGGUGGCCGAUUGGGUGACCCGCUACAAAAUAGCUCUCGGAGUGGCUCAAGGCAUUUGUUAUCUUCACCAUGACUGUGAUCCGGUGAUUGCCCACCGUGAUCUCAAGCCCAGUAAUAUUUUAUUGGACGGUGAGAUGGAGGCCAGAGUGGCGGAUUUCGGGGUUGCCAAGUUGAUCCAGAGCGACGAGUCCAUGUCCGUCAUUGCUGGCUCCUAUGGCUACAUUGCUCCAGAAUAUGCUUAUACUCUCCAGGUAGAUGAAAAGAGCGAUAUCUAUAGCUUUGGGGUGGUGUUAAUGGAAAUCUUAAGCGGAAAGAGAUCGGUGGAUUCGGAAUUUGGCGAUGGGAACAGCAUCGUGGAUUGGGUGCGGUCAAAAAUAAAGAGCAAAAAUGGAGUCAACGACAUCUUGGAUAAAAACGCGGGGGCAUUAUGCGCGUCGGUGAGGGAAGAAAUGAUGCAAACGCUAAGAAUUGCGUUGCUCUGCACCAGCCAGAACCCGACGGAGCGGCCGUCGAUGAGGGACGUUGUGCUGAUGCUGCAAGAAGCCAAGCCCAAGAGGAAACUGCCGGAGAGUGCGGUUACCGGAGGCGAUGUGGUUCGCGUUGGUGCUGCCGAUGGGACUGACGAUUCUUUAGCACAAAAGGCUACUGUGGAAUGUUAAUAUGUGAUUAAUUUUACGGGUCUUAUAUUUUGGGGUUUAUUUUUAAAGUGGUGGGGAAAUUGGUAUAGGAGAAGUGGAUUUUCAUUUUCUUUUUUAAUGGAAUUUUUAAGUGUUAUUAUUCUAAUUUCUCUGAUUUUAUAUAUGAAUCAGUAUUAUUAUGACAUUUAUAUUGCAUCUUAAUUAUAUUUGAAGAGUGUUAAUGAUGUUUA